AUGACUAUUUCACCAGAAUGCCUCACAAAAGAUUUGCUCGAGGAAAAUUUCUCGCUGGAGUCAAAUCCAUCCCUCGCGGCGAGCAUUAAGAAUUCCAUUGGGGACACCGAAAUAAAAACAAAGCCUAAGACGAACAACAAAGCAGCUUUCGAUGCUAAUUCAGAUUUCGAUGCAAUGGAUACUGACAACGAUUGGUUAGAGGCGUCACACACAGUCACACAGUCAGUUACAGAAGGUAUUGCAGAUGAAAUAAUCACAAGAAUAUUCCUCGAUGAUGAAAACAAUGAAAUAAAUCCCACAUCACAAGUUAAAGACGCUGCUGUUAGACUGGAUGCAUCGGAUAAUUCUCCAUCAAACGCAAAACAAUAUAAGAAACAAUAUUCUAAACCGACAGAAAUAACUCAAAACGAGCUAGAUAGGUUGUUAGCGAAAAAAUCGUUAGGCGAUUUUAUGAUGUCUCGAAGAAAAACUUUAGUCACUCUCCCGGAUGUUGAUUAUAAAGAUAGAAAUGGUAUUUGCAGAGCUAAAUGCCAGAAUAGGAGACUAAAAAUAUAUGAAGACUCAAUGGAUAUUGAUGUCUCACGCCAUAAAAAUCUUUUAGAUGUAUUAACGAACCAGAUGGAUAUUGUAGAGAAACUUGUAGAUCAUCUUAACCAAACUAAAUUAGUAGGAAGUCAACGUAGAUCGGAACAUCAGGAAUUCGAUGAACUUCUGGAGUCCUUAAAAACUAAAAGGACUAAAGUCACAGCUAGUACAGAUGCUGAGAAGAAAACAACUCAAGAAAUGUCCACGAUAAUGUCCUUAAUAGAUGAAACCGUAAUAAGAAGAGUUCUGAAGAAGGAUCCCCUUGUGAGCAGAAUAUUAAAUAAGGCGAAGAGGAGACGCGAGAAAUACUUCAAAGAAAUGCAAAUUAAUUAA